GACUAUUCUGUAGUGGUCCGUUUGAACAUCCAAAGCUUAAUUGUAAGUGUCCACGAAGCAUGGGGAUUUCGGGGAGAAUUAAAAACCGUUUUGCAGAUAUGCUGCAAAAUUUCAACAUACCAAAAAUAAUACCAAGUAUAAAUGUUUUAGCAGCUCCUACUGAAGCCGUGUUACUAAUGAGCUGACAAGAUAUGAUGAACCAAAUAUACGUUAUCGACCUUUCUUUUGACACCUCCUUACAUUUCUACAGCUCCUCCCAGUUAAAUUUGCAAAGUAACAUGUCAACCCGAGAAAAUGAAUCAACGAGUUUCGACACCUUUUCAGUGAAAUCAAAUGAAUCGUAUAGCACAGCACCCACUUCAUUACUGGAAACAAUUCAGCCAACCAUCCCCACCCCUGUCCGUCGUCGCAGCACCCUGCCAGUCGAUCAUAACUCAUUGGAAAACACGCUUGCCUCCAUAACGUUUGAAUUUGAUUCGCUUGCAAAUUUACCCAAUGUUCCAGCAUACAUCCCACCACCAAGGCAAAUGGUUUUUGCAUUAUACAGAAUGACAGACGUGCUACAAAGUGACUAUACUCCAACCAUGGAAAACUUUGUCAAAACAAGACCCAACUUGCCACUUGCGAAGACUAACACCAAUAUGUGCAACUACGCUCACCGGUUGCAUUUGUACAGACUAUACUUGGAAAGACAGCUUGCAAUCCAGCAACUACUAAGACAACUGCAAGGAAACGCAAGAGUUGUUUUGAGGCACCACUACAACCAGUCCCUCAGCAGGGCCUUAUCCUCCAGAGUCUCUUCUCAUACAAGCUUAUCUAGAGCAACCAUCUAGCACUCAAUACAUCACUGGA